AUGAUUAGAUGCUAUUCCGAUGUUGGUCGAGCUGGGGGAAGGCAGGAAUUAUCGUUAGACGAUGGCUGCAUGCAGUACGAUACAGCUAUCCACGAGCUGAUGCACUCAGUAGGCUUUUACCAUGAGCACGAAAGAUGGGACCGCGAUAAUUAUAUAAAGAUACUUUGGCAGAACAUUGAUAGAGCAAAUCAACGACCGCAGCUUGUUUCAGAUGCAUACGAUCAGUUUGGUAAAGUAGAUCUGAGCGAGAGUUCCUACUACGGCCAAGUGUAUGACUACUACUCGAUCAUGCAUUAUGAUAGUUUGGCGUUUUCAAAGAAUGGCCUCGAAACUAUGGUGGCGAGAGUUCCUGAGAUGACGAGAGUGAUUGGCUCUGCAAUUGAUUUCAGCCCUGUAGGCGAUUUGACUCAUAGUUGUGAAAACACAAACAAAAGCGAUUCUAUGAAAGUGAAAUUGAAAACAAUGAAAAAAACACCUAGCUAA